CCAGUCAGAAAUAACUGAAGUGACUUAGUUCAAAAAGAUAACAUUGAAGUUUGUUGUUUUGAAGAGAAUGGCACCUAAAGGAAAAUCCCCUGCGAUCGGCAUAGACCUGGGAACCACCUACUCUUGUGUUGGUGUGUUCCAGAAUGGAAAGGUGGAGAUUAUCGCCAACGACCAGGGCAACAGAACGACGCCCAGCUACGUGGCCUUCACUGACACAGAACGUCUGAUUGGGGAUGCUGCUAAAAACCAGGUGGCGCUCAACCCACAGAACACUGUGUUUGAUGCCAAGAGACUAAUUGGCAGACAGUUCGACGACAGUGCUGUCCAGAAAGACAUGAAACACUGGCCGUUCAACGUUGUCAACAGUUCAGGUAGCAAGCCCAAACUACAGGUGGAGUACAAGGGGGAAAAGAAGACGUUUGCACCUGAGGAAGUCAGCUCCAUGGUACUGAGCAAGAUGAAGGAGACAGCUGAGGCCUACCUUGGACAACAGGUGACUGAUGCAGUGAUAACAGUGCCUGCCUACUUCAACGACUCCCAGAGACAGGCUACCAAGGACGCUGGGGCCAUUGCAGGGCUGAACGUAUUGAGAAUAAUCAAUGAGCCUACUGCAGCUGCCCUGGCCUAUGGCCUGGACAAGAACUUGAAGGGUGAGAAGAAUGUGCUUAUAUUUGAUUUGGGAGGUGGCACAUUUGACGUGUCUGUGCUGACCAUAGAUGAGGGCUCCAUGUUUGAGGUGCGGUCAACUGCUGGGGACACCCACCUAGGAGGGGAGGACUUUGAUAACCGAUUGGUGGACCACUUCCUGCAGGAGUUCAAGAGGAAGACCAGGAAGGACAUCAGCAACAACGCACGAGCCAUGAGACGUCUGCACACUGCAUGUGAACGUGCCAAGAGAACUCUAUCCAGCAGCACGGAGGCCAGUAUAGAAAUUGACUCCCUGUAUGAGGGAGUGGACUUUUACUCCAAAAUCAGCAGGGCCCGAUUUGAAGAGUUGUGUUCCGAUCUGUUCCGCUCCACUAUGGAACCAGUUGAAAAAGCUCUGUGUGAUGCUAAACUGGAUAAGUCUCGUAUCCAUGAUGUGGUGUUGGUGGGAGGCUCGACACGAAUCCCCAAGAUUCAGAAACUGCUGCAGAAUUUCAUGAACGGCAAAGAUCUGAACAAGUCCAUCAACCCCGAUGAAGCUGUGGCUUACGGAGCUGCAGUGCAGGCUGCCAUACUGAGUGGGGACUCCAGCGAUGCCAUCAAAGAUGUUCUGCUGGUGGAUGUUGCUCCUCUGUCCUUGGGUAUCGAGACUGCUGGAGGUGUGAUGACCAAGUUGAUUGACAGGAACACAAGAAUCCCCACCAAGGCUAGUCAGAUCUUCACAACCUACUCCGACAACCAGCCUGGGGUCAGCAUCCAGGUGUUUGAAGGGGAGAGGGCUCUGACAAAAGACAACAACAUUCUGGGCAAGUUUGAGCUGACAGGUAUUCCCCCAGCCCCCAGAGGCGUGCCUCAGAUAGAGGUGACAUUUAACAUUGAUGCUAAUGGCAUCCUGAAUGUGUCUGCAGUUGACAAGAGCACGGGCAAGUCCAACAACGUCACCAUCAGUAAUGACCAAAGUCGUCUGAGCAAGGCUGACAUUGACAGAAUGGUGUCUGAAGCUGAGAAGUACAAGGAAGAGGAUGAGAAGCACAGGGAGAGGAUCGCUGCCAGGAACCACUUGGAGAACUACGUGUUCAGUGUGAGGGCCAGCGUUGACGAGAUGGGCAGCAAGUUGGAGGAUGUGGACAAGCAGACAGUAAGCAAAGCUUGUGAGGAGACACUGCGGUGGCUGGACAACAACUCCCUGGCGGAGAAAGAGGAAUUUGAGCAGCAGUACAAGCAGCUGGAGAAACUGUGCUCCCCAGUCAUGUCCAAACUUCACAGUCAGGGGAGUGGACAGCAGCAGGGUGGGUCCAGCAAGGGUCCCUCUGUGGAGGAGAUGGACUAGACACACACAGUCAGGACUGACGUUAUCUGUAUUGAAAUAAGACUUGUCAAAUGUGUGUGCAAUAUUGUAUGGAUGUUGAUGGAUACAUGACAAUCUAUCAUUUUGUGAAUUGUGUUAUUUAUUUUGAAUGAACUGUUGAUGGUGAAGUGUUGACAUAUCUGAUAUGUUUUUGAGUCAGCACACUUUAC